AUGGAAGCCGGACUUCUUGUUUGUAAGGGCAUCCGAAACUAUUGUCUGUCGUGGAAUCAUCAAGAAACGGAGGGUCUUGGAGCCAUAAAGGAUGAAUGGACCCAAAAAGACGAAAAGUUCAUCGAGGAGCUUAAUGCAGAUGUGGAGAAAAUCCUGAAAUAUUCUAAGGUCGUUAAAUGGAAUGACGUACAAUAUUACGUACCUCCUGUGUCCACCGAGGAGGAUGAUAAUGCUAAUGUCGAGACCUCAACCAGAAUCCUUCUCGAAACCUCUGUUGGAGAAAACCAAGAUGAUGACGUUACCAUCACUGCAGCGCCUCGAAAGAAGAAGAACAAGAGGAUCGUGAAGAUAAGCGCGGCCUCGAUGGCCUAUCUGGUGCAGCUGAGGAAAUUGCGAGAAGACCUGGUCGCAGCUCGAUCUGAAAGGGAUGAAGCUCUAUUCAAGGUGGUGAUCCUCAAAGAAAAGGCCCGCCAGGUCCAAGCGAAGGAAGCUGAGAUCGCCUUGGUACAAGCCAAGUAUGACGAGCUGGACGAGAAGAUGAAGUCUUUCGCCAGCUUGCACAUCUCAAAGGAGGAACUACACCAGUGGUGUGUUGCGUUCAUGUACAAGAUGCUGUCUACAGGAGGGAUGGCCGCAGCCCUCGAGGAGAUGAAUUUGGUUGCCACCAAGUGCGGGACGCACCGGGUUGGCGUGGCAGGUUUGAGGAAGCUCGAUCAGGACAGGCCAAUUAAAGCCAAGUGGUUUAAGCAGCUCCUGAUGAAGGACCCGAAGAAGACCAUGCACGAGGCAAUGGUGAAGGUCCUAACAAGGUUAAACCUCGACCAACUGCCCCUGUGGGAAGCUGUGACUGGUGCCUUGCCGAAAAUGAGUUCUCCUGCAGACAUUGCUUCGUUCCCAGGCGACAUACCUGCUAUCCUUGCCAGGGGCCCGAGUGAAGAAGAUCCCAUACCUGAUGUACAAGACGAGUACAUGGGUAUUGAGCUCGAGGAUGGUGAUGAAGCCACCGAGGAGGACGUUGCUGAUACUGGCCACUCUGGAGUGCAGAGAAAUGCCGAGGAUGCUUCUCAGAACCCUCCUCCAAGCAGUGAUGCUGUGGUAGCUCGAGUUCAGCACAUGAAUAUAACCAGAACUCACCGCUUCAUUGCAGCAAUGGAUAUAUUGAAAAAGAAAGCCCGUGAGAUCGAGCUUCUUACGGAUUAUAUUGCCAAAUUACAAAAUCUGUUACUAGACAACAACAUUGACUUCGAGAUUUUUGAGCAUCCGGAGGAAACAGUGGAUCCUCGAACUCGGAGUUCUCGAGAAGAGCUGUUGAUGAGGGUGCAUGCUCAGGACCUAGAGAUUGUGGAUCUUAAGAACAAGCUGAAUCAAUGUGUGAAUCUCCUUAGCCUGCAUGGGUAUAAGGGGAUUAUUCAUCCUUCCCCUGACAAUCCUGUCAGGGAAGUCCUUGUAAUAGUGUAG